UGAACAUAAGAUCCAGAAACCCAGAUACAACCUCAAGGGAUCCAAGAUCGGAAGAGGAUUUUUGAGUCUGCAGCCUUAACCUACAAGCCAGUGAAAUCAUCCCAGACGGAAAGCAGCAUGGAUUCACAUAAGAGAGUCCAAGCAAGUCACUCUAAGUCGAGCAAAGGGAAUGCAGAUCCAGAAAUUCUGGAAAGAGGAAGGACAGUGGAGAUGAGCACAUCGGGGGUCGUGGAAUCCAUGAGGGACGAGAUGGAGAAGAUUCUGAGUGAAAAACUGGCUGUGUUGCAGAGACAGCUGGAAAUGACCCAGCAAGCAAUCCCACCCAUGAAGGAAAUGACCAACUCCUGGACUUCCCUUCAGAAAAUCUCUGAGAAUGUGCAAGCCCUGCACAAAGGUUUGGAGAACAUGCAGGUGGAAACAAAGGAAGACCUUCAUAUGCUCAGAGCAGAGCUGGAGGAAAGAGUACCAAAAGCACGGAAUACACCCAAAAGGUCUGAGUCUGAAGAGAAUCUGCUGCAGGUGGAGGAUCAUGCAGGUUUUCUCAAAACCCAGCGCUACAAAGUUGAUGUCACCCUGAAUGCUGACACGGCUCAUCCCAGACUGGAAGUGUCUGAAGAUGGGAAGAGCGUGAAUGAUACCGGUGUGAUCAGACAGGUGCCCAACAAGGAGGAGAGAUUUGAUUCUCACAUUUUUGUGUUGGCAAAGGAAGGAUACACAUCUGGGAGACGAUACUGGGAAGUGGAUGUUGGAAAGAGAAGAAACUGGAUGUUGGGUGUUGCUUCUGAGUCUGUGGCUCGUAAAGGGACCGUGACUGUAUCCCCAAAGAAUGGCUUUUGGGUCAUAGGGUUAGCAGAUGGGCAAGAGUAUUGGGCCCACACGGAUCCUUGGACUCGUUUGACAGUGAGUGGUAGACCACAGAAGAUUGGGAUCUUCCUGAACAUCUCUGCCAACAAGCUCUCAUUUUACAAUGUCAAAAAGAAAUUGGCUUUGUACACUUUUACCAAUCUUGGUGAUAGCAGACUGCAAAGGAAAUUUGUUCCCUUCUUCUCAACGGGUUCUGGUGUUUCAGUGCUUGACACUGAGCCAUUGAAAAUCGUGCAGGGGUUUGAUGAUGAUGAUUGAAUGCGUGAUUAAAUACAGAUUGUGAGAUCUGACUGAUAUGUUGUCAAAAAAUCCCCAACUUUGUGCUUCCCAAUGGAAACUGGCUAGGUAGUUGAUACCAGAAUUUUUCAGCACUGCUUGCUAUCCCUGCCGUGAGACAGAAGGAAGAAGUUCUAGAGAUCAUGUUGAUAAAUAUGAUAUAACACUCAGUAUCCUUAUGAACUCCUUAUAAAACAUGAGUUUUAUUAAAGACUCAUGGGGAAUUGAAAUGUCUUUUCAGAGCAGGAGGUGCAAGAUGUACCUUUCAAUUUGAUAGCCCCUGGCUGUUUUUUCCCACCUCAGUCACACGGAACUAAAUUCAGUAUCCAGGAGAUGUCCAAAAGCAGAUCACAUCAGACUCAUAUAUUUAAAUCUGCAUCAGUCACAUCAUGCCUCUUUUCUUCAGUUCAAUUCAUACGUAUCUUCCAUGCCAUUUCUGUAGGUGUGAAGAUCAGUUUGUGGUUGGAGUUCCUGUUCCUCUCCAGAGGCAUCAAAGCAUAGCAAAGGUUAGUCUGUUAUUCCUAAGAGUCUAAAAGAUCUGAGAACAAAUUUUAUCCACAGAUACCAAAUAGAGAAUUAUUAGGAUUUUGCUAUUUCUCCUACUAAAGCCUCAACUGACUACUCCAACAAUCCUUUAAAAAUGGUGUGGAAGUCAUUCAUAUCCCCUUAUUCCACCAGGAAAUCUGAAGCAUGGAUGAGGGGUUUUGUAGUGUUUCAAUGUCCUUCAUUUCCCAACCAGUGAUGAUUGACAUAUUCCACUUACCAGAAUCAAGGUGCCAAAACUUCCUGCUUCACUCUGGGCACUGUAGACCACUCCAGCCUUCCUUCUAAUUACAAUUGCACACAAUCAGUCAAUUAAGGCUCUCCUUUCUGAAUCUUCAUGGAGCGUCUUUCUCAAAAA